ACCAAGUCAAUGUAUGAAGCAAAUGACUCUUCGGUGUUUGAAUUUGUUUUCCUGGGAUUUUCUACCUCUAAACCAGUGCAGAAUUUCCUCCUUGCCUUCUCUACAGUGUUUUAUGUAACAAUUGUUCUAGGGAAUCUCCUUGUUGUGUUUGCAGUGACCUUUGACCCUCAUCUACAUUCCCCCAUGUACUUCCUUUUAGCCAACCUCUCAUUUAUUGAUUUGUGUUUUUCUACCUUAACAGUGCCUAAGAUGAUCUCUGACCUGCACUCUGGGCACAAAACCAUAUCCUUCCAGGCAUGUGUCACCCAGAUAUUUGUCCUUCACACCCUGGGUGGAUCUGAGAUGGUGCUGCUCACUGCCAUGGCCUUAGACCGCUAUGUGGCCAUAUGUAAGCCCCUGCACUACCUGACCAUCAUGAGCCCACGGGUGUGCCUUUUGCUUCUGUGUGGUGCUUGGGCUAUUGGCCUCAUUCACUCAGUGGUCCAGUUGGCUUUUGUGAUCCAUUUGCCUUUCUGUGGUCCUAAUGAAAUCGACAGUUUUUACUGUGACCUUCCUUGGUUUAUCAAACUUGCCUGCACAGAUUCCUACAGAAUGGAAUUCAUGGUCACUGCCAUCAGUGGGUUCAUAUCCAUGGGCACUUUCUUCUUGUUGAUCAUCUCCUAUGUUUUCAUUCUGGUCACUGUAUGGAAACGCUCUUCAGAUGGUUUGCGAAAGGCCCUCUCUACUCUGUCAGCACACAUCACUGUGGUGGUUUUGUUCUUUGGACCCUGCAUCUUUGUUUACAUGUGGCCAUUUCCCACGGUGCCAGUGGAUAAGUUUCUUGCCAUUUUAGACUUUUUGGUUACACCCAUCCUGAAUCCUGCCAUUUACACACUGAGAAACAAGGAUAUGAAGACGGCAAUGAGGAGACUGAGUAGUAAGCUUCUGAUUUGGAGGAAGGUCUCCUAA